UCUGCGGCGCCGCCUGCUGCCCUACUCCGACGGCUGAACAGAGCAGCAGAGCAGAGCAGUCGCCGGAAAUGUCGUCGUCGUCGUCGUCGACGUCGAAGCUGCAGCUGCCGGCGGACGACAGCGUGGUGCUGCUCGUCACGCACUCCAACCUCACCACCUUCUCCUCCGACAUCCGCGUCUCGCAGCAGACCACCGUGGAGGCCCUCAAGGACAAGCUCUGGAGGAAGACGGGCACGGCCGUCGCCUCCAUGCGCCUCGAGCUCCGCGACGAGACCGGCGCCAGGGUCGCCGACCUCGACCGCGACGCCGCGCCCCUCGCCUCCUACUUCCCCUACAACGGGUACCGGCUGCACAUCAUUGAUCUUGAUCCCUCGUCGGUGACCUCCGGUGGCUGGUUGGAAGACACUUCGCUCGUUGAAAAGUACACGAUAUCAGAUGAUGCGUAUGACAAGCUUGGCACAAACUUCCGAAAAUUCAAAGAACAGAUGGCGUCAAAGAACCCUGUAGCUGACGAUAAACAAAAAUCGGACAAUCAAAUGGAAGAGCUGUGUGCCAAUAUCAAGGUGGGAGAUAGAUGUGAAGUCGAGCCAGGUGCCAAGAGGGGCACUGUAAAAUUUGUUGGGAAAGCUGAAGCUCUUGGACGUGGAUUUUGGGUUGGAGUGCAAUAUGAUGAACCACUUGGAAAGCACGAUGGCAUGGUGAAAGGCAUUCGGUUCUUUGAGUGCCCUCAAGGGCAUGGAGCAAUUGUUAGGCCAGAGAAAGUAAAGGUUGGUGAUUUCCCUGAGAGAGACCCAUUCGAUGAAGAAGAUGAGAUAUAGUAGGAAAGGAAGAAAUGCGUGUGGAUUGAUUUAGUCUGUCUUCACUUGUAAACACUUAUGGUAUUGCAAAAGGAAACACGCUGUCAAAUUAAAUGUAUUAUUAUCAGGAUUUGUGUUGACGAAAAGGUGUCAACGAGACGGCUAGUGAGAUGAUUGAAUGUAAAGCAGCUUAGCCAGUGGUAUUUGUUAUGCUGGGAUAGCGAUGAGAGGACAUUUGUUUUGUUACCUGGAUUGUUCAGACUCCGGUACCUGAAUCAUGUGUUUUAAUUUGCAUAUGCUAUUUUCCAAUCA